AUGGAGAACGGCGACCGUGAUUCGGAGAAGCGUCUUCGCACUCUUAUUGUCAAACCAACGCAAAAGACUUUCUACACCGAAGACAUUCCCGUGAGCUCUCUAGCGCUAUUUCACGUGCACUCGUGGACGCUUUGUGUUGCCUUGGAGAGUGGGGCCGUGCUGUUUAUCGAUGCUACAACGAUGGAUUUGCUUGUUCACCGUCCGUUAAAGCGGCAGGGAAGCAUCUUGGGUCCGUUGACGUGGGAGGAUCGGGGUUAUCUUACCAACCGUCCUUCCUUUAGUUGUCUCCUCCUCGGUAAGCCUCUUAGUGUUGUGGCUUGGGAUCACAAUACAGUGACCAUCCUGAAGUCCUGA